AUGAAUCUCAGACUGCAACAGAAUUGGCUGUCGAGCCACUUGGGCUUCGUGCACAUUUCGUCCCUUGUGUACAACCAGCGGCUGCUAAACCACGGCGAGCAACUCGAGCUGGUCGAGAACCUGACGGGGGCGCUGCGAGCGGCGCCGACACACACACUCAGUUACGACCGCCAUCUCUACUACACUAAUUUUACGGAGCUUGGCUCGGUGGCACCGGUGUACGUGAACAUCGUGCGGGACCCGGUGGAGAGGUUCAUCUCGUCCUUUUACUAUCGGAGGAGCCAGGAACGCCUCAACCGAAUCCCGGCGCAAGGACGCACCGCCACGCCCUCGCCCAAGUGGCUCAACAGAACCGUAGAGCAGUGUGUGUUGGCUGGAGAUCAUGAAUGUGCUUUCCAGCCGGGAGAUGAAAAGGAAAUGAUGCUCACUUAUUUUUGCGGUCAUCACGAUUUCUGCAGUCAAAUGGAAGGGCUUCUGUUAGAAAUUUCGAAGGAGUUGAAAAUUUGUGCCUUUGUGCUGGAAAUGCUUUCAGUCAAUGAAAGUGGGUCUUGGUUACUUUUCUGA